AAUGAAAGGUUAAAAUAUAUGUUUUGGAUAUAUGUGUGGAUAAAAUUGCAAUCGGCUAACAUUUAAGAAAUCAAUUUACAAACAUGGAGACGUCGUGGAUAAAUACUGCUAGUGCGUUGCAAGAUUUCGCAAAUGUUCUGAUUUGCUGGAAAUGUAGGUCAAAACCAGUUUCUCCUGUAAGGUUCACAAAUUGUGGGCAUUUCUUUUGUAGUAAUUGUAUCAAAUCUGCAACGAAAUGUAUUAGAUGUAAUGUACCAGUGCAAGCAAGUGAAAUAAAACCUGAUCAUUUAGUAUCACGUCUUAUACAACAUUGCGAUGUUAUUGCAGAAAUUAUUCAUAAAAGAGAUAUAUGGGACAUUACUACUGAUGCAUCCAAUAUACCAAUAGACAAUAUAUCCGUAAUACUUUCUACACCAAAGAAACAGGGUUAUACACCUAUGAAAAAUAUAAAUAAACAAAAUCACAUAGGAGAAACACCAUUACAUAGAGCAUGCUUGCAGAAUAAUGCUGAACAAGUUAAACAUCUCUUGUUGCUUGGUGCAAAUCCUAAUACAAAAGAUUAUGCUGGUUGGACACCAUUGCAAGAAACAGUCAAUUUUGGAUAUACUGAAAUAUGUAAGUUGUUACUGAAUUGUGGAGCUUUGCCUAAUAUAACAGGUAUUAAGAACCGAAGUCCACUACACGAAGCUGCUAAGCGUAACAAAAUUGAAGAAGCUAAGUUGUUGUUGCAUUAUAAUGCAGACAGAAAUCAACUUGAUCAGUAUGGCAAAAAACCUAUAGACUACUGUGGUAAAUCAGAAAAGAUGCGACAACUUCUGAUGGAUUUACCUAGAACUCCGUCAGAAAAGGUAUCAGACCUUAAUCAAAGUCUAGAUAAAUCUAUUCGUACAGGAUGUGACAAAUUUGUGGUUCUUGCAUCAAAUUUAAAACUUGAAAAUCAGAAAUUACUUCGUCUCGUGGCCACAAGACAUAGAUUCAAAAUUUUGACAACGUAUAAACCAUCUGUUACACAUGUCAUAGUAGAGACAAAUGAGAAAAAUAUUACAACAUUGACACUUGACGUCUUAUUCUCAAUUGUUUCUGGGAGUUGGCUUCUUAAUAGCGAGUGGAUUCGACUGGUAGAAGAUAUGAAUGAUGAUAUAACUAAUGUGGAUCUCGAAGUGUUUGAAAUUAAUGGCGCGCCCACUCUUGAUAUCCCGAGGAAAGCGAGACUAAACAGUGAAUGUCAAAAUCCACGUCUAUUCAAUAACUGUUUCUUUUAUUUUGCUUUGCAAGCAAAUACAACUUAUCAUAUUGCUGAUGUAAAAUUUACUAAGGACAUUCUGAUAAAACUUGUAAAGGAAGGAGAAGGAACAGUACUCACUAGAGAACCAGAUCCAGAAGAUCUAAAAGAUAUAUCACAAGUGAUACCUUUCCAUACCGCGAAUAAUUCAUCUCAUCCUUUACACAAAUGUACACAUUAUAUUAUAUAUGUGCCAGGUAGAAAAACAGGCGAUCCGCUUAUUAAAUAUAAUAUGCCACAUAUCAAAAGUCUGCCAUUAGUAUGGCUUAUUGAGUGCAUCGAAAAAUUUACUCUUGUCGAUCCAACUUACCUGGGAUUGUGCUAAGUGCUUAAAUUAUCUUAUACGAGGAUUAAUUCAAAAAUAAGUUUAAAUUUUUUUUACUUAC